AGCUACGGAAAAACUCGUUUUCCAGCUCGCCACGGUGUGCGCUCGGUUCGAAGCGCCGAAUUUAUUCGUCGACCGACGAAUUUCGAUUGAACGCCGAAAGUCAGCGCGUGCAAACGUAAGUGCACCGCGUCAAGCUUCCAGCUGCAAGCUUGCUGCGCGCGUGCGCCGACGCAGACGAGAGACAGAGAGAGAGACAGCGAAGUCUCUCCGAAGAUGGCGACGUGCAGCAGCGAGCCCAGGCUGCUGUGGCUACUAAUAGGCUGUAGCCACGAGCGUGCACCAGCCUUUUGUUUUCAAACAUUUCACUUUCAUCAUCGAGAUGAUUUUGCGUUAAUAGAACGACCACUCGCUUGUUUACCAAGGAUCAUGACACAUGGAUGGCAAGCUUUGUUGGUAUACUUCUUCCUUGCUGCGGUCUUCCUCGCUACUAAUAUUGAUGGUCAACUGAUGGGAAAGGAACACAGAACACAUGCGGCGUCUGAGAGAAAAGAUGAUUUAUGGUGCUACCAAUGCGACACUAUUGACCAUGGAGAAAUGUGCGUGGACGUCACUCAUAAUCACACGUCUGUUAUACAAAAAUGCAAAAAUGACAAGCGCACCUGCAUGGUGAAACGCUUCUCGUACACGACAAGUACGGAAAAUAUGACGUCCCAGCCAAUGGUUUGGGGAUAUGAACGUAAUUGCACAAAUAAAUGUGAGCCUGGCUGCAUCGUCAUCGGCGAGCGUACGAAACUUUACGCCUGCACCAGCUGUUGUGACAAAUCUUUAUGUAAUACCGGCAACGGUACCUCCAAUGAAUUCAUCCUCAAAGAGCUUGAAUUCAUUUUAGCUCUCAUAUUACAAAUUGUUCUUACAUUCACUCUUUAUCCUUCGUGACAUUCGCUGUGAAUAAUAUAAUAAAUAUGUUGACUCAGUUUUUCUUACUUAUUAAUGCUGUCUAAUUUUUUAUAUACUCGUUGAUGUUUGAAAAUACCGUUGAAAAUUGCUCACAUUCGAAAAUUAAAUCGCCAUUUUAUUUAUUUAUUUUUUUCGACAAUUGCUUUUUAUUGCAUACAGAAAAAGA